AUGCCGCCCCCGGCCCCGGAGCCCCCCGGCCGCUCCUUCACCAUCGCGGCGCUGCUGGGCCGCUCCUCGCCCCCCCCGCCGGCCCCGGCCCCGCUCUGGGGCUGCGCCCCGGGCCCGGCCCCGCUGCCGCCGCCGCUCUGCGCCCCCGGCUGCGGGAUCCCCCCGGCCUGGGCCGCCCGGCUCGGGGCUACAGGCUUCCUGAUCUCCAAGUGCUGCUUCCCUCUCCUCAAAGCCAAGCCCGGCAAAGCCAAGCGCGUCCGGACCAUCUUCAGCAGCGAGCAGCUGGCGCGGCUGGAGCAGGAGUUCUCGCGGCAGCAGUACCUGGUGGGGCAGGAGCGCUGCCUGCUCGCCUCCUCCCUGCGCCUCACCGAGGAGCAGGUGAAGGUCUGGUUCCAGAACCGGAGGAUCAAGUGGAGGAAGCAAAGCCUGGAGCAGCAACAAGCCAAACUGGCCAAAAUGGGUUUGGGCACCCCGCAGAGGAGCCCGGACUCGCAGAGCCACCACGAGGAGGACGAGGACUUCCCAGCAGAGCCAGGGGACGGCCGGGAGGACGCGUCCUCGUCCCCUGGCUCGGGGACAGCGCCGCACAGACUGUGACCGAGAGCAGCGGGG